AUCGCGCAUGCGUAGCUGGUACAUCGACGUGUGAGAAUCUACUGUGGCGGUGUUUCUUAUAUAACUGCAACUUUGUCGUCUAAUUAAAGAAUAUGCACGGUUUCAGAAGAGAUAAAAAAGAAGAGGAAGAUGGUAAUUUAUACUUAAUCUAAACAUAGAAUCGUGUUCUUCUAUAUUCAAGGGUUUUAAAUAAUGAUUCUCUAUUCAUCUAUACAGGCAAAAAGAAAAGUCUGUUUAGUUUAAUUUUUAAAGCACGUAGUGUUAUCUCUCUAUAUAGUGUGUCUUAGCUCUGUUUUAGGUUGUAUUUUAUAAGGUGGUUUGUGUCAUGAUCAGUAGAUAAAUUCUUUACCAGCUUUCUUCUCCACCCUAUAUCGAUAAUUGUAUACACAGUAUUUAUUAAAUUGACACAUGGGCAUCUACACAUGUAUAUGAGGGGAAGUGUUAAGAAAGUAUCAGAAUAGUUUUUAUCAAUGUAUUCGUCUUUGGCUUUUAUUGUUGAUAUUUUCUAAACAGUAUUCAUAUGCAUGAUUAUUUUGACUGUUGUUAAAUGAGAGAAUAGUAUUUAAUUGCCUUUUUUUUAAGGAUCUGGGAGUCAUUCCCUUCUUCAUUUGGACAAGAGUAGUGUUCUGCAAGAAGCUAGAGCAACUUUUAAUGGAACACCGGUUGUUGCUAGAAAAUGUAGUCACGUUUUGACAAAAAUUCUGAUGGUUUUAAAUCAAGGGGAAGCUAUAGGAAAGGAGGAGGCAACAGAAACGUUUUUUGCUAUUACCAAAUUAUUUCAAUCUCGUGAUCAAGCGGUUCGAAGAUUAGUUUAUGUUUGUAUUAAGGAUAUGGCAUCUAUUUCCAAUGAUGUGAUUAUUGUAACAUCAUCUCUGACAAAAGAUAUGACUGGUAAAGAAGAUGAAUGGAGAGCUCCAGCAAUCAGAGCUCUUUGUCGGAUCACAGAUGCUCAAAUGCUGCAAAGUAUUGAAAGAUUAAUGAAACAAGCUAUGGUUGACAAAACCCCUCAAGUCGCUUCGGCUGCUUUAACAUCUAGUGUUCACGUAGCAAGAACUAAUCCUGAGGUUGUUAGACGUUGGUUAAAUGAAGCUACUGAGGCAGCUUCAAGUAGCGGAGAAGGACUCGUGCAAUAUCAUGCGAUUGGUCUUCUCUAUACUGCCAGGAAACAUGAUAAACUCGCUGUUAGGAAACUGGUAUCUAAGCAUGCUCGUAUCGCCAAUAGAUCAUCGUUGGCUUGCUGCUUACUUAUUAGGAUAGCAGCUAAAGCUCUUGAAGAAGAUGAUUCCGUUCCAAAUUCUGGAGAGAUGAUGGAUUUUAUCGAGGGUUGUUUGAGACACAAGUCGGAAAUGGUUAUAUACGAGGCAGCUCGCUCUUUAGUAGGAUUAAACGCUACAAAUCCCAAGGAGCUUGCUCCGGCAGUUAGUGUACUCCAGUUGUUUUGCUCCUCACCGAAACCAACUCUGCGAUUGGCUGCUGUCCGAACACUUAGCGCUGCAGCAGCUAUUCAACCUGCUGCUGUUAGUGCCUGUAAUCUUGACUUGGAGAAUUUAAUGAGCGAUGGUAAUAGAAGCGUCGCAACGUUGGCCAUGUCAACUUUACUAAAGACUGGUGGGGAGUCCUCAGUUGAACGACUCGUCAAACAAAUAUCAAGCUUUAUGGCUGAUAUUGGUGAUGAACUAAAAGUAGAAGUUGUAAGAGCUGUAAGAUCACUGUGCGAAAAGUUUCCAAGAAAGGCGUCAACCUUGAGUGCUACAUUAGCUCAGAUGUUAAGAGACGAAGGCGGCGUUGAAUACAAAUCAGCCUUGGUAGAUGCUCUAAUUGCUGUCCUCCAUGAUGAUAAUGAUGCAAGAAAUGCAGCAUUGUCGCAUUUAUGCGAAUUUAUCGAAGAUUGUGAACACACUAGUUUAGCUACCAGAGUUCUGCAUGUACUGGGCCGUGAAGGUCCAAAGACAGCGCGUCCGGCUGCUUUCAUUCGAUACAUCUACAAUCGAGUUAUUUUGGAAGCUGCAGCAGUUCGAGCUGCUGCUGUUACAGCUUUAGCACAAUUUGGUGCUCACUGUCCACAAUUGCUUCCGUCUAUUUUGGUUUUGUUGAGAAGAUGUGCUUUAGAUCAGGAUGACGAAGUUAGGGAUCGCGCCACACUUUACAUCGCAAUUUUUCAAAGUGAGGACCAGAGCCUAAUUUCUUCUUUUAUUUCUGGCGAAAUGCAUUAUUCUGUCACGGCUUUGGAAAAAUCUUUAAAGAAUUAUCUGAAGACAUCCUGUUCUGAAGAAUUUGACAUGAAGACUGUACCAAUUGCAACUCCACUAGAACAAGGUAUCACUUCUGGGAGCGCUCCAGGAUCAGCACCUAUUGAACCGGUUGUUGCUAGGGCUAAAGCGACAGUUAAGGAAGAUCCACUUGAGAAGGUUCCUCAAUUAGCCAAAUACAGUCCUGUAUUCAAGUCUUCAGGACCAUUAGCUUUGACGGAAGCACUAACAGAAUACACCGUUUCGUGCGUCAAGCAUGUUACAGGAUCUCAUGUUGUGCUUCAAUUUACUUGCGAGAAUACGCUUACUGAUCAAUUACUAGAGGACGUUUGGGUUCAAGUUGAAGGUGACUUGGAAAUAGUUGAAAUAGUAAAUAUCGACGAAUUGAAAUGCGGAGUUCAGCAAUCAUGCUAUACAGUUGUUGAACUACCUGACGUUGAUAAUUUAAGUUCAACUUUCACACUCGCUUGUACUUUGAAGUUCAAAGUAAGAGAUUGCGAUCCUACAACAGGCGAAGUUGACGACGGUUCAUACGACGACGAUUAUGUUUUAGAAGAUAUAGAAAUAACUGUUGCCGAUCACAUUCAGAAAGUUUUGAAAGCCGACUGGGCAGCCGCGUGGGAAGAAUUAGGUCCUCAAAACGAACUAGAAGAUACUUUUGCUUUGAGUGCCAUGAAUACACUUCAGGAAGCCGUUAAACAAAUUCAUUCUUUCCUGGGCAUGCAAGCUUGCGAACGAUCCGACAAUGUACCCGAGGGUAAAUAUCAAGCUUUUAACUUAUAUUGCUUAGUUUCAUAUAUUUUUUCUCUUUUUAGGUCGAAGCGCCCAUACCCUACUUUUAGCUGGUGUUUUCCGAGGUGGACAUGCCGUUCUUGUACGCUCUCGUUUGGCCUUGUCAAAUGGUGUAACCAUGAACCUUUCUGUUCGUUCUACUGAUCCUCGAGUAUCUAAUCUAAUAACACAGUCAGUUGGUUAAUAAGAAGCAUAUAGGAACAUAUUUUUUUCUGUCUGUUUAUAAUAUAUUAUCACUAUUUUUUGAGCGAUUUGGCUCCCUUCUUAAUUUAAAAUAAAAAGGAAUACAGAAAUACAAAUUUA